GUUUACUUUCUGUCAUUCCGCCUCAUUUUCGAUUUGUGUGCUUUGCUUCUUUGAUCUUUCCCCGCAAAACUUUUGCAAAUUAAAAUUUGAAAGAAAAGUACUUGUAUUUUAUUAAAAAAAUAAUUAAUAUUACAAAAGAAAAUCACUAUACUAAAUAAAUAUGUCUAUCGGAGUACCAAUUAAAGUUUUACACGAAGCUGAAGGCCACAUUGUUACAUGUGAAACAAUCACCGGCGAAGUAUACAGAGGAAAAUUAAUCGAAGCUGAGGAUAACAUGAAUUGUCAACUAACCCAAAUUACAGUCACCUAUCGUGAUGGACGCACAACAAAUUUGGAAAACGUUUACAUACGUGGAUCAAAAAUUCGUUUUUUGAUACUUCCCGACAUGUUAAAGAAUGCACCAAUGUUUAAGAAGCAGUCUGGCAAAGGCGGAACGGCUGGGAGAGGAAAAUCCGCUAUACUACGGGCGCAAGGUAUAUCUAGAGGAAGAGGUCGUGGAGGAGUCGGCGGGAGAGGCGCUCCGCCUUCUGGUCGUGGUUCUUGGCAAGGUGGCGCUCCAUCAGCAGGAAGAGGCCGCGGAGGUUUAUAAGAAAAUAAUUCAAAUAUUUUAUAUUUUAAGCUACCUUCUUAUUUUAUAACAAGAAAAAAAAAAUAAAAACUAAAAAUGAAUUUGAGAAAGUAA